CCGGACACUCUCUUAAUUGGCAUUUGGGACGGCUGCGCAUGAUUGAUUCCGCCGCCUACCAUCGCAAAGCAGCCCUUCCGACUCUACCUCGUCUGUCGGCACCAGCGAUGGAGCCGAGCGGAGGGCCGCCUGCCGGCGCCCACAACCGGUUCGGGCAGAUCCCGCCGCCGAGUAGCCGAAGCGGCGCCCCCGCGCACCGCCGGGCUCACUCCGAGACCUUCAUCCGCCUCCCUGACGACUUCCUGUUCGACAACGACCCCGACUUCAGCAUCUCGGACAUGGACUUCCCCUCGCUUUCCGACGACAAUGUGUCUGGUGCCAUAUCUGGGCCGCUCUUGGCCGAGCAUCAGCUGUCAGAUCCGCAGGCGGCGAGCAGGCCCGUCCCGGGGCCCCACCUCCGGAACCUUUCGAUGGACAGUGCUCUCUUCGACGGGAUAGGGCUCCACACCUCAGCCGGGGAUGCUGGUGUCGGGCCGGGCAGGAGAGGGCACCACCGACGGAGUGGCUCCGUGGACGGUUCGAUCUCGCCGUUGGAGGGGGAUUCGACCUCGCUGUUCUCGGAUAAUGCGAAGAAGGCCAUGCCGGCCGAUAAGAUAGCGGAGCUGGCGCUGCUUGACCCGAAGAGAGCUAAAAGGAUUCUUGCAAAUAGGCAAUCUGCUGCCCGUUCGAAGGAGAGGAAGGUCCGUUACACAUGUGAACUUGAGCGGAAAGUGCAAACGCUUCAGACUGAGGCAACCACUCUUUCUGCACAGCUCACCCUUCUCCAGAGAGAUACUACAGAUUUGACCGCAGAGAACAGAGAACUCAAAUUGCGGUUGCAGGCUUUGGAACAACAGGCUCAGCUUCGUGAUGCACUCAAUGAGACUUUAAGAGAAGAAGUGCAACGACUUAAGAUAGUAACCGGACAACUUCCAAAUGCAAAUGGAAAUCAUUUCAAUGGAGGGCUUCAGCAAUCCGUAUCAAACUACUACUCUCUGAUGCCUCAAUUGCCUCCCCGCAAUGGACGUCAAGCCCAGCAUUUGCAUCCAUCUCAAAGUCAGGCUUCUUCGAACAACCAACCAACCAAACCUCCCCAUUCCCCAAACGAUCCCAUGGAAAUGUGAUGCUGAGGUCCAUAAUCUCAUAUAGACUUUAACUAAUGCAUUUAACAUGUAGUGUCAUGGCAUGUGAGCAUUGUUCUUGUAUCAUUAGAGACAGCUGGUGUGGUCAUGUAUAGUGUUUACAGCAACAUAUACCUCUUAUGUAAAGAUGAAUCUGUGCUAUGAAUAUGGUCCUUAAUUUGCUUAA